CUUUGGCAACCAGAUGGAGUGCAAGCUGAAUGCGUUGGACACUCUGAUCGAGGAGUACAAGCUGCUCCAGAGGAGGCUGGAGAACAUGGAGAACCUGCUGAAGAACCAGAACUUCUGGAUCCUGAGGCUGCCCCCGGGCUCCAAGGGGGAAACCCCCAAGGUGCCAGUGACAUUUCAGGACAACUCUGCCUACUUCUCUGAGCAGGAGUGGGGCAACCUGGAAGGCUGGCAGAAGGAGCUCUACAAGAAUGUCAUGAAGAGCAAUUAUGAGUCACUGGUCUCUCUGGAUUAUUGCGAAGCCUGAGCUUCUGUCCCGGAUUGAGCAAGGGAAGCCUGCCUGUGAAGAGAAGGAAGAGGUCUCCAAGGAGAGGGAGAUUCCUGCAGAACCCAGCCCAGAAGGGUUGGUGUUUAGGCC